UAAAAAAAGUCAUCCCUCACUUCUUCUUCUUCUUCUUCUUCUUCAGUUUGAUCCUCAUAUAUUAUUUACUCCAUCGCCGAUCACAGAAAAUCUCUCGCUUUCUCUCUCAUAGAGAAUUUAGCUAGAAAGAGAAAGCGGUUGACGAGCUCUGAACCGAGUCCACGGCUGGAAGCUUCCGAGUUCGCCGAGUCGCGACCGGAUCUACUUGGUUGGUUGAGGAUUCGGAGGCUCAAUCGCUGCCGUGUUUCGCUUUUUCUGUUUGGGAUUCGGAUCUCUAUGAACCGUCUAAUGUGAGGGAGUUUGGUUAGGGAACAAUCAUCGGAGAUUGUUGAAGAUGAAUCGGGCAGCGAUGACGGUGGGGCCGGGCAUGGACAUGCCGAUCAUGCAUGACAGUGACCGAUACGACUUAGUCCGAGAUAUCGGCUCGGGCAAUUUCGGCGUCGCCAGGCUGAUGAGAGACAAGCAGACCAAGGAGCUCGUCGCCGUCAAGUACAUAGAGCGAGGCGACAAGAUUGAUGAGAAUGUUCAAAGAGAAAUCAUUAAUCAUAGGUCUUUGAGGCACCCGAACAUUGUCAGAUUCAAGGAGGUCAUUUUGACACCAACUCAUUUAGCUAUUGUAAUGGAAUAUGCGUCUGGAGGAGAACUUUUUGAGCGAAUAUGCCACGCAGGACGCUUCAGUGAAGAUGAGGCUCGUUUCUUUUUUCAGCAGCUUAUUUCCGGAGUCAGCUAUUGCCAUGCAAUGCAAGUAUGUCAUCGCGACUUAAAGUUGGAAAAUACUUUGUUGGAUGGAAGUCCAGCUCCUCAGUUGAAGAUAUGCGACUUUGGCUACUCUAAGUCCUCGGUGCUGCAUUCACAACCAAAAUCCACAGUGGGAACUCCUGCAUACAUUGCUCCAGAAGUAUUAUUGAGGCAAGAGUAUGAUGGCAAGAUUGCAGAUGUAUGGUCUUGUGGGGUGACCUUAUAUGUGUUGCUGGUUGGAGCUUAUCCUUUUGAGGAUCCUGACGAGCCAAAGGAUUUCCGGAAAACUAUACAAAGAAUUCUGAGUGUCCAGUAUUCAAUCCCGGACGUAGUACAAAUAUCUCAGGAAUGUCGUGAGCUGAUAUCAAGAAUUUUUGUGGCAGAUCCUGCUACGAGAAUAACCAUUCCCGAGAUAAGGACCCACUCAUGGUUUCUGAAGAAUCUACCUGCGGAUCUAAUGGAUGAGCGGACGAUGGGAAACCAGUUUGAAGAGCCCGACCAACCUAUGCAGAGCAUCGAUGUAAUCAUGCAGAUAAUUGCCGAGGCCACGAUUCCAGCAGCAGGGACCCUAGGCCUUAACCAGUAUAUGGCAGACAAUCCGGACAUGGACGACAUGGACGACUUGGAUUCAGACUCUGAGCUAGACAUCGACAGCAGUGGGGAGAUAGUCUAUGCCAUUUAAUUGUGGGAUGCAGCUUGGAAUUUGAAGUGGCAUCUUCCGACUAAGGCAUGGUGCUUUUGAGCUGUGAGAGGCCUGAAGAAGUAGCGACGAGAAUGUAUGAUAGUCUUUGAUGAUAGGUUAACGUAGAUAUAACAUGUGAAACUGGGAUUAUCAAAUGCUCCUUGGAGUCGGUAAUGUUAAUAGCAACAUGCAGUUUCAUACCUAUAUUUGUGGACGCAUUUGAAGUUUAUUGCGAGAGGGGUGGUAAUUGGAGUGAACAAGACACAUGAUAAUCCAACCCUACCUCCCUUUCCAUUGAACCAAUGUUUUAUUUAUUGCUUUCCAAUUGGUUCUGCACUUUUUCCCAUCUUUUGUUGUUUGAGUUUUUGUAUAUGUUAGACCCCUAAUUCCGAAGGUCUAUGAGAGGAAACGUGGGCGUGCUAGCAGAGCACCUCCCACUACCACCACGACAGCCACUACUACCGUAGCAGAGGAUGUGGUCCCAAAGCUAUAAGGAAUGUCAUACCGUUACUUCUAGGAUGUGGGGGAGAGUGCCACGUGUCAAGGGAGGGUUCUAUGUAAGGGGAGUGCGAGAGACAGUGGGGUAGCAAAGAAGAAUCAUUGUAUGGGAGGCGGCUGGUUCCUCGGAUUAUCAGCUAGGGUUGGCGUUCAGUAUUGAUAUUCCCCUGUUAUCUGACAGUAUACUUUGUAACAACAGUUGUCUCACAGUUUUCAUAUAGAAUUUGGUAGUUCAGUGU